AUGACUUUUCAUCCCGACACUCUCCCUAAUCUCCAGGGCAAAGUAUUCAUAGUGACAGGUGGGAACUCCGGCAUAGGCUACUACACUGUGUCCCACCUAGCAGAACAUGGCGCCCACGUUUACAUGGUCGCCAGAUCCCUAGAGAAGGGCACAGCAGCGAUCGCCAGCAUCAAGAAAAUGCACCCUUCAGCCAACAUCGACCUUCUGCAAAUGGACCUCAUGGACCUCACCAGCGUCGUUGCGGCUGCCAAUCAUUUCCUCGCCCUCGAAACAGCCCUACAUGGGCUGGUCAACAACGCAGGCAUUAUGGCGACGCCUUUCCAAAUGACCAAAGAUGGCCACGAGGCCCAGUGGCAGACCAACUACCUCGCGCACUGGGUUUUGACGGAACACCUGCUUCCUCUGAUGCUACGUACCGCCAAGGGCCUUCCUCCAGGCAGCGUGCGCAUCGUCAACCUCAGUUCAUCGGGCCACCUGGGCGCACCCAAGGGUGGCAUCAAUUUCAAAGACCUAUCGCUCAAGGAUGGCGGCCCGUGGUCGCGGUACGGACAGAGCAAGCUCGCCAAUAUUCUACACACCAAAACCCUGCACAAGACGUACGGCCCCGGCUCUCCCAGUGCGCGGAGCAGAAAUGGCGAGAUCUGGGUUUCAUCUGUGCAUCCGGGUCUGGUCGAGACGAACCUCGCCACGUCGGUGGGGGAGUCGGGAUCGGGAAUUAUGAGUGUUUUCUCGGUCUUACGCUGGUUUGGAUUGCUAUGGCCCGCAGAUAAGGGGUCGUGGACCAGUUUGUUCUGUGCGGCGAGUCAAGAUAUGAAGGCGGAGCAGAGCGGCACGUAUUUCGAGAUUUUCCGGCGCUUUGGUGAGCCACGGUGGCAGAGCGGUGCUGCGAAGGAUGGACAACUUGCAGAGAGGUUGGACGAGUGGACUAGGGAGAUGAUGAAGAGGGAAAACUGGAUUGAGUAA